UUUACCUGUAACAUUUAAAACAGGAAGAUAACGGCCCGUUAAAAAAUAAUUAAUAAACGUAGUUCUUAAUUUUGUUAAGUGUUUCAAAAAGAAUUUAAACUUUUAUAAUCAACUUAAAACAACAUACUUAAACUUACUUCCCACUUUAUUAAAAGUAAGUAAUGAUGGAAAGUUCCAAUGAAAAUCCUCUUACCUUCGGUGCGGGCAUCGAAUUCGUGCUCGAUAUGAUCUCCAUUGAUGCCGAGGACCGACAAACUUUCAAGGAAGAUGCCCAGCAAAUCGAAAAUGAGUUCAUCCGGGCGAUUUCCCGCAGAGAUCAUUUCUUCGCCUCGGCCUUCCGUGGACUGUACUUGACGGGCAGUAAUCUGGAUAAUGUCAAGAUCAAUCUGCCCGAUGAGUUCGAUAUGCUGACCACUAUCCAGUUUCCAUGUAAAGUAGAGCCUGUGCGGCUGAUCGGCCAACCCAACUAUGUGUUAUUGCGGGUCAAAGGGGAUGAUGUUCCUUAUCACUUGGUAAAUCAUCAAGGAGAAGAUUACUAUAUAAGCCGACGGAAGAUCCAGGCCUGGUUCCGAGACAACGUCAGCGAAGUAAUUCCGGAAAUAAAGUUUAUACACUGCAAAGGUGGGCGUACCUACGAGCUGAAACACAUAAGUGGUGGGCAUGUAGCCCACACCAUUAAGGCUGUAUGCUUAUCCAAUCCCAGUCGGAAGAUCUGCUUCGACUUUGUGCCAGCUUUUAAAUUUUUGGCAUCGGAGUGGCUCCGUGCUUUUCCCCAACACCCGAAUGAGGAUCGCAGCUGGUACGCCGUGCCCUGUAAAAUCCGAACUCCCAAUGUUCCGGAUGAUCCACUUUCUUUCACCGUCUGUGCUCCUCACUGGGAGCGAAUGGUCUUGAACAAGAAGCAGAACCUCAAGGACGGGUUGCGGCUAAUGAAAGCUUUACGGGAUGCCAAUGAUAUGCCCAUGAUCUUUAGUUACACAAUCAAAAGUCUCUUCUUGAACGCGACCGCAAAAAGAAUGAUAAGAUAUAAUCAAUCGCCAGGACAAAUUCUAAUUCGAGCGGUUCUCCUUAUGGCAAAGUUCCUUCGGAGGGGAUUUCUUCCGUUUUACUUGGUGCCGGAUGCUAGCGUUUUGGAACACAUUGACAAGGAACAAAGAAGGGAUUAUGUUCGAAAACUCUACCGAAUCGUAAGGCGACUCAUCAAGUGUCGGGAUAGGAAAUGCAUGAGUCCAGAUGAUAUGCAGUUCAUUUUUGGAAUGCAGUACUGAUAACGAAGUUUGUAAUAUUUCCAUAUCCAGUUUGUAUGCUAAGAAACCAGAAGAUAUUUCAAAUGUAGUUCUAAAGUUAUCAUCGAAUACUUUCAAUUCUAGCUCUCAGAAGCCAUAUAUAUUUAACUUUUUCUAUGUACAAGAGUUUUCCUUAUAAGGGU